CCAAUCGGGUGCUCCCGCGAACACCGGUGAAUAAACCGCUCCACCAAUCACCAUCAGUCAUCACCGCCCCACCCGGCUGCGUAGCCCCCUGCUGAUCCGACAUUUUACCCAGCAAAAAUUUGCCGCGCCUUUGGAUUCGCACCCGCGGCAGCAACGAGCUGGGAUUCGAACUCAUGGAGGAGGAAUCCGCACGACCGGUCAGGUUGAUGAACUUCGUCUCCGAGGAGCAGUUGGAGGAAUCGAAGAUAUCGAGGGGCGAGAGGGUUGAGGAUGGCACUGCCCAGAGAGAUAGGCCGCUCUAUGAGAUUUUGAAAGAGAACAAAGACAAGCGUGAUGCAGAAUUCAACGAGCGCUUCAAGCAUAGACCGCCCAAAGCUUUGGAUGAAGAUGAAACUGAAUUUCUUGAUAAAUUGGAGAUGUCGAAGAGGGAAUAUGAGAGGCAGAUGGCAGAUGAGGAAGCUCAACAACUACAAAGUUUCCAGGAUAAUCUGACUCCAAUACACGUGUUCUUUUUCAGGCCGCUGUGGCAGCACAAUCAAAUGUUGUGCAUGAGCUUACAGAACUACCGACUCUUCCUGUGGUUCUUUGUGGCUAUUGAUAUUAUACCUUUUGGUCUGAAGUUUCUUCUUCUUCUUCUCCUUCUUUUUGGAAUUGAGAGGGAGGCGUUUUGGGAUAAUUACCAAAAAAAAAUCCUAAACCUAAGGAAGAUAAAAAAGUUGGAAGGAAGAAUCCACCAGCUCGCCCAUUGGGUGUUGUGAUAAAAGUCAAACCGCCGGCAAAGAAAGCAAAGAUUGAUCGUCAGAGUUCUGAAGAAUAUACAGACACAAGGAAAACCUCCGGUGACAUUGGUGGAAAAACUUCGGACCUUGUAAAAACACGUAACAGUGAUGGUGCUAAUGAGACCCAUGGCCUCCCUAUAUCUUGUCUUGUUUCAUAUAGUGAUGAAAGCGAAGAAGAAACAGACUAGCUGGCAAAAACAAAGGAAGUGACGAAAA